UAUAUCAAUGUACAGUUCUCUUGCAGAGAAGGAUAGAAGUGCAUUGGAGGCAGUUCAUGUGGAUUUACUCGAUCUAUACCUGGAAACAGUGUAUAAUGAGUGGAAUGUCUAAUGAGGAAACCGUGGACAGUCUGGGCUUGUUUCCACUGGGGUUUACAAGAGUAAGAGAUGCGGAAACUAGCUUAAAGGUCCAAGAGAGUGGAAUCCUUCAAGUUUUCCCUCGUUUGUUGUCUCCACAUUGUUCCUGCGCAGCAAAAGUAGCAAACAUCAUAGCAGAAAUAGCCAAAAAUGAAUUCAUGCGAAACUCAUGUGUGGACACAGCAUUGAUUCCACCUUUGGUUCAGCUGUUGAACAACAGAGAUCAGGAAGUGCUCCUUCAAACAGGACGUGCCCUCGGGAACAUUUGCUAUGAUAGCCAUGAGGGCAGGAAUGCAGUUGACCUAUCUGGUGGCGCACAGAUAGUAGUUGACCACUUACAGACACUAUGCAGUAAUAUUGAUGCGGCCAAUCAGAAGCUCUUGACUGUCUUUUGUGGCUUCCUGUUGAACUAUAGCAAUGAUAAUGAUGCCUUGCAGGCCCAGCUGAUAAAUAUGGGAGUCAUUCCUACUUUGGUUCAGUUAUUGGGAAUACAUUCAGAGCAUACAGCCCUGACAGAAAUGUGCUUGGUUGCAUUUGGUAACCUAGCAGAGAUCGAGUCUAGCAAAGAGCAGUUCGCAUCAACUAAGAUCGCAGAUGAACUUGUAAAACUGUUCAAAAAACAAACAGAACAUGAGAAGAAAGAAAUGAUUUUUGAAGUUUUGGCUCCACUGGCAGAACAUGAUGUCAUCAAACUACAAUUGGUUGAUGCAGGAUUAGUAGACUGUCUCUUGGAGCUUGUCCAAGAGACUGUGGACAGUAAUAAAGAAGAUGAUAUCUCUGAGCUUAAAACAGCUUCUGAUCUCAUGGUGCUGCUGCUUUUGGGUGAUGAAUCUAUGCAGAAGCUGUUUGAUGCAGGGAAAGGCAGUGUCUUUCAAAAGGUGCUGUCAUGGCUUCCUUCAAAUAACCAUCAACUACAACUUGCUGGAGCACUGGCCGUUGCAAACUUCGCACGAAAUGAUGGAAACUGUAUCCACAUGGUUGAAAUUGGAAUUGUGCAGAAGCUUUUAGACUUACUGGAUAGGCAUGUAGAAGAGGGGAAUGUGACAGUACAACAUGCUGCACUUAGUGCUCUUCGCAAUCUGGCAAUUCCUGUAUUAAAUAAAGCUAAGAUGCUAUCGGCAGGAGUUGCAGAGCAAGUCCUGAAAUUUCUCAAGUCGGAGAUGCCACCCGUUCAGUUCAAACUACUUGGAACAUUACGCAUGUUAAUUGAUGCACAAGGUAUUGUAGUUGUGUAA